GGGAAAGGGAGCAGGCUGAAACGUAGCUGCCGCCGUGCCGGGGGCAUCUUUAAAGCUACGGAGGAACCGCGGGUAGGCUCCACGCCGCUGGCCAUGCUCGCCGCGACCUGCAACAAGAUCGGCAGCCCCAGCCCCUCGCCGUCCGCCCUUUCGGACAGCGCGUCCUCCUUCGGCAAAGGCUUUCACCCCUGGAAACGCUCCUCCUCCUCAGCCUCGGCGGGCAGCUGCGGGGCCGUGGGCUCCGGCCUCCCGGGCUUCGGCGUGGCGGGCGCGGCGCGGAACGGCUCCUCGGCGGCGGCGGCGGCGGCAGCGGCGGCGGCGGCCGCCCUCGUCUCGGACUCGUUCAGCUGCGGCGGCUCGCCGGGCUCCAGCGCCUUCUCCCUCACCUCCAGCAGCGCGGCGGCCGCCAGCUCGCCCUUCGCCAACGACUACUCCGUCUUCCAGGCGCCGGGCAGCGCCGGCGGCGGCGGCGGCGGCGGAGGCGGCGGCGGUGGGGCGGCAGGACAGGAGGCGGCGGCGCACCAGCCCGUCUUCAUCUCCAAGGUGCACACGUCGGUGGAGGGGCUGCAGGGCAUCUACCCGCGGGUGGGCAUGGCGCACCCCUACGAGUCCUGGUUCAAGCCCUCGCACCCGGGGCUCGGCGCCGGCGAGGUUGGCUCAGCGGGCGCCUCCAGCUGGUGGGACGUGGGCGCCGGCUGGAUCGACGUGCAGAGCCCCAACGGCGCGGCCGCGCUGCCCGGCUCGCUGCACCCCGCGCCCGGCGGACUCCAGACCUCGCUCCACUCGCCACUGGGCGGCUACAACUCGGAUUACUCGGGCCUGGGCCAUUCGGCCUUCAGCAGCGGCGCCUCCUCGCACCUCCUCAGCCCCGCCGGGCAGCAUCUCAUGGACGGAUUUAAGCCGGUGCUGCCCGGCUCCUACCCGGACUCGGCCCCCUCGCCGCUGGCCGGCGCCGGGGGCUCCAUGCUGGGCGGCGGCCCCGCCGCGCCGCUGGCCGCUUCUCCGCGCUCCUCCGCCCGCCGCUACUCGGGGCGCGCCACCUGCGACUGCCCCAAUUGCCAGGAGGCCGAGCGGCUGGGGCCGGCGGGGGCCAGCCUGCGCCGCAAGGGGCUGCACAGCUGCCACAUCCCCGGCUGCGGCAAGGUCUACGGCAAAACCUCGCACCUGAAGGCGCACCUGCGCUGGCACACGGGCGAGCGGCCCUUCGUCUGCAACUGGCUCUUCUGCGGCAAGCGCUUCACCCGCUCCGACGAGCUGCAGCGGCACCUGCGGACCCACACGGGCGAGAAGCGCUUCGCCUGCCCCGUCUGCAACAAGCGCUUCAUGCGCAGCGACCACCUCAGCAAGCACGUCAAGACCCACAGCGGCCCCGGAGGCGCCGGGGGCCCCGGCGGCGGCGGCCCCGGCGGCGGCCCCGGCCCCGGAGGCAAGAAGGGCAGCGACACCGACAGCGAGCACAGCGCGGCCGGCAGUCCGCCCUGCCACUCCCCGGAGCUGCUGCCGCCCCCCGAGCCCGGCCACCGCAACGGCCUGGAGUGACGGGCGCAGGCUCGGGGCCGUGGCGCCCCCCAGUCCCGCCGCCCUCCCGGUGGCGCAGUCCCCCGAGCUCGCAGCCUGCGGCGGGGACGCGGACACGUAAGUAGCUGGCACGGCUCCGCAAGAACAGCGCUCAGCCCCGCUGCCCUCCUGGAGCCCCGCACGGGGCUGGCGGUGCGGCCGGGCCGCGCAACCCCCGCCACGGGGGCAGGGGAGCGGCUCGGCAAGGGCGGAGAGCCGCGAACCCCCACGGGGCGGCCCCGCCGCCGCCUCCUUUCCCCUUCGCCUCGAGACGCCCCCGGCCUCGUGUUGCUUUUAGAGCGGAAAAAACACCCACGUCCCCUCUCGCUUUGCUGCUGGAGACCGUCCCGCACUCCCUCCCCGGCAGAGCCGCGCUCGGUGCCCCGGCGGGGCGGGCAGGCGGGCCGGGGCUGCUCCGCGGCGGGGCCCCGACGGCAGCGCCGCCAGCCGCGCUCCGGGCCCCGCACAGCGCCGAGCUGACCCUCGGAGCUGCUCCCAUCCCGGUGCCUGCUCGGAGCCCGUCUGCUCCCCGGGACCGGGGCGGCAGUGCGCUUUUUUCC